CCUGGCAGGGCAAUAACUCAUCUUGGACUCCAGCACCAACCCCUCCACUGCUGCUGCUUCCAGAACCUUCCUGUCCUGAGCUCCUAUUCUCCAGGACCAGUCUACGGACCACUGAAGCUUCCUGAAUGUUUGACCUGUCAACUUCAAGCCCCUUAGAAAUGGAAGACAGCUGGGCAGCCUUUCAGACCGAGGGAGAGCUUGGGCAAGACUCCCAUUCCAGUUCAAUCAACCUUGAUGACAGCCUUACAAGCCUUCAAUGGCUACAAGAGUUCUCUAUUAUGAAUGCCAAUGUUGGCAGGACACCUUCAUCAGCUGGGGAAUCACAGGGGUACAGAAACACAUCAGGCUCCGGAGCCCCUUGCUCCCCAUUGGCCGCUGAUCCUGCAUGCCUGGGGAUGCCUCACACUCCCAGUAAACCAACUUCUUCAUCUACCUCAAGGACAUCACAUAUGGGCCUCCAACCCUAUGAAGAUAUCGACUACAAGACCAAUCCACAUGUUAAACCACCCUACUCCUAUGCGACUCUAAUAUGCAUGGCAAUGCAGGCAAGCAAGAAGACGAAAAUCACAUUAUCUGCAAUCUACAAAUGGAUCACAGACAAUUUCUGCUACUUCCGACAUGCAGAUCCCACCUGGCAGAACUCUAUCAGGCACAAUCUCUCAUUAAACAAGUGCUUCAUCAAAGUUCCCCGUGAGAAAGACGAGCCAGGCAAGGGUGGCUUCUGGAAGAUUGACCCACUGUAUGCUGAUCGUCUGAUGAAUGGUGCCAUCAAGAAACGUAGACUACCCCCUGUGCAAAUCCAUCCAGCUUUCGCAGGAGCACAGUCACUAGCUGGAACAGAGAACAUUAGAGGGUCUCCGUGGAUGUUUGCUGUAAAUUCUGAGUCCCAUCAGUUGCUGAAGGAGUUUGAAGAGGCUACUAAUGAGCAGAGCUGGAACUCUGUUGGUGAGCAGGUUUGGAACAUGUCAGUAGAUGCAAAGGGUCACAAGCGCAAGCAGCAGCAACCUAAACGCAUGUUCAAGUCUCCUCGUCUUUCCAGUUCCCCCAUGCUCUCUCAAGAUGAACCAGCUGAGCUAGGACCCCUAAAAGGUGACUUUGACUGGGAGGUGAUCUUCGACUCUACAAUCAAUACUGGCAACUUUGCCUUAGAAGAUAUUGAGGUCACUCCUCCCUUAAGUCCAGUCACACGCUCUGUUGACCUUACUGUCCAUGGAAAGCACAUUGGCUGUCCACAGCAAUGGCCCCCAAUGGGACAGGAUCCAGCCAUGGUCCAGAACAACAUGGAUUUUGAUGAAACCUUUCUGGCAACCUCCUUUCUUCAGCACCCUUGGGACGAGGGCAAGAACGAUUAUCUGUCUAACUCUGCCAAUCUAGAACACCUAUUUGAUCUUAAUGAAGCCUUUCCUCCGGAACUCAACGACUGGUCGUCCAUUGGUUCUUAUUUAUAGUAGUGCCAAGAAAAAUAAUUUCUAAGACUCAUAGACAUUUAUAUAAAUAUAUAUAUAUAUAAACUUAUAAAUAACUUAGAAGACUUUAUAAAUCUACUUAAAAAGUUUUUAACAAAUUUACAGAGUGGAGAAACCUAACUCUGGAGUUUACAUAGUUUGGAAAAGAGGACGGGAGCCAAUGCAAUAAUAACCCCAGAAAAAAAAAAAACUAAUAAAACAACAUCAAGAACUCUUAAAUGGCCCCAUAAACUCUUGGCAUAUGAAAGAUUGCACAAAGAAGAAAAAAAUAUAUAUUAAAACACUUUUUUUUUUCUUUUUUUACUUAUUUUACAAUUGAAAUAAAAAAAAAAAUGUUGUUUUAUUCUCAGCCCUAGCAAUUAUGUACGUGUGUUUUCAUAGCUGAUGUGGAGAGGCCAAAAAAACAGAA